UUGCAAAUAUAAAGCCAAAAUAGUACAAAUCCAAACAAAAACAGCUGUUUCAGUAAGGAUGAGCCUGCUAAACUGAAGUUACUGGUUUGUGUUCCUUCUCUUCCAUGGCUUCUCUUCUGUCCUUCUCUCUUCCCAAACCCACCAUAGUAAAAGCUACUUCAUCAUCUUCCACAGCCACCUCUCCCCCAACUCCUGAAAUUCUUGAAGAGAAGUUCGGUAGAAAAGGUAUCAAAUUCUUGGAGUCGAACAGUAUCCCGUUUGUUGAACUAACAGUUAGAAAUGGCAGUUCUUUAAGGCUUCAAAUACCUAAUGCUCAUGUCACUUCCUACAAGCCUAAAGUUUAUUGGAAAGAUGAUGGCUUUCAUGAAAUUCUUUAUACAGUCCCAAGUAUAGAUUCUAGCGAAACUAGAGGUGGUAUUGGUUUAAUCAUCAAUGAUGCUUCUGAAUCUGGUUCUAAAGGGUCACUCAUUUCUUCUUCUCAAUGGACUGUCAAAGAUGUUGAUUCUGAUGCCAUUGAUGCUCUCCAGGUGGAACUGAGCUCUACUACUGGAACUCUUGAUAUAACAUACAUCGUUUCAUUAUAUCCAUUGAGCAUAGCAACUGCAGUGAUAGUAAAGAACAAUGGCCGCAAGCCUGUGACUCUAACUAGUGCUAUAUUAAGUCAUCUCAAAUUCAAGAAAAGAGGAAAGGCUGCAAUCCAAGGGUUCGAAGGUUGCUCUUACUGCCCAUAUCUUCCUCUAUCUUCACCUUUCGAAAUCUUAUCCCCCGGUGAAGCAAUGAAAAAUGAGUCUGCUGGAUUGUUUGAUUUUAGUUCUGAGCCUGAAGAUAAACCGGGCAUAUGGAGAGUUCAAGAUGUGCCCUUCACUAUUUUGAAGAAUAAGUUUAGUAGAAUUUAUGCUGCUCCACCACAAGAGAGAUUAAAACCAAUUUAUAACACUCCACCUUCAAAAUAUGAGACCCUUGAUCAGGGACUUGAGCUUUUCUUUAGGGUUAUUCGGAUGGGUUUCGAAGACACAUAUAUAGGCAGCCCAGGUUCCUUGUCAGAGAAAUAUGGUAAGGAUUAUUUUAUCUGCACUGGCCCUGCUGCAAUGCUGGUGCCUGUUGUUGUCAAACCAGGUGAAAAGUGGAAAGGGGCACAGGUUAUUGAACAUGAUAAUUUGUAAUUAUAUAAAACUAUAGAUUCAUUUUCCUUUUCUUUUACAGUUUCUCUGGUUUGCUUUUCUUAGAAUAAAUAUUGUAAUCAGAAAGUUUUGUUACUCAAGAAAUGUCAUUAUAGUCCAUUGUUCCU